AUGGGCUCACAGGUUGAACCAGACUCGUUUUACUCUCUUGAGUCCCUAUCGACAGAGGACCAACUUCUCUUCAACCGCUUCGGACGUGGAGAAACCAUCCCACUGCCCUUCACAAGAGUCCACCAUGCAUUCGAGUCGAUAGCUUCACAACACCCCGGCGCAACAGCAGUCCGACAUUUCGAUGGCACCUCAAUGACAUACGGAGAGCUUGACCGCCAUGCCAACAUACUAGCCAACGAGCUUCUCACUCGGUUUUGUUUCAAGAGAGGGGCGCGAGCGGUAUUGGUGUACUCGCGUACCAUCGAGAUGGUCAUCUUUAUCCUCGCUGUGCUCAAGGCAGGAGGGCAGUACGUUCCCAUUGACGGCGGCAUCAUUCCAAUCGAAGCCCUCAGUCACGUAGUCUCGGACUCUUCGGCAGAUAUCGUCCUUUGUUUGCCCAAAUACUCCGACAAGGCCACCGAGGCAUGCCGCCAGGGACCAGCCAUUCUCAGUCUCAACCUCUCCAGCGACAUCUGGACAUCAGGCGUUGCCAGCAGACCAAACGUGGACGUUCAGCCUGAGGAUGGAGCCUACGUUAUUUACACCUCGGGUACGACUGGGCGGCCAAAGGGCGUUGAUGUCACACAUCAUGGUGUUUGCAAUUCCUUGUUGGUUGAGCCUGCAAAGCUAGAGAUCACUGUCGGCACAAAGGUGGCACAACAGUUGAGCGUGGCUUUCGACAUGAGCGCUUGGGAAAUUUUAGCGACCGUCAUGAACGGCGGAACUCUGUACAUCAGAGGCAGCGGAAACGACCUUUGGAACGAGUGCCUCAAGCAAGUCGACGUCGUCAUCUCCACCCCGUCCGUAGCGAUCAAGCGGUUCCCCAAUUACGAAGACUUCCCCAACCUCAAGACGAUCGUGGUGGGCGGCGAGCCAUGCCCAAAGACCCUUGCUGAUCAUUGGGCGGAGCACACUGGGACGAGGUUCCUGAAUGUCUGUGGUCCCACGGAAAUCAGCGUCCUCAACACCGUCCACGUCCACAAGCUUGGCGGACCAUUGACCAUCGGCAAGCCGAAUCCCAACACUACACUCUACAUUCUGGACGUGGACGAGAACCCAGUCAAGAUUGGCGAGGCUGGUGUCAUGUGGGUGGGAGGAGUCGGUGUCUCUAGGGGGUACCUCAACUUGCCCGAAUUGACUGCGACGAGAUACAAGCUCGACAAGUUCACCAGAGAUGGCAGGAUGAUGUUCAACACUGGGGACCUGGUCCGAUGGAAUGCGGACGGAUGCCUCGAGACACUUGGUCGUCGUGAUGAUCAAGUCAAGAUCAAUGGCUUCCGUGUUGAGCUAGACGGUGUUUCCCGCGCCAUCGAGUCUUGCCCGGAUGUGAUCAAGGGUUGCGCUCUCAAGAUUGACACGAGUCUGUGGGGCUUCUACUCUGCCAUUCACCCCCUUGACCAGGCCGAAUUGCACAAGGCAGUCAGUGCCCAGCAGCCUUUCUAUGGGGUCCCCAAAGUUUGGCACUAUCUUGGCCCAACAAUUCCACUCACGGCGAACGGCAAGAUCGACAAGCGUGUGCUGCGGGAGUUGGCGACCGCUGUCAACUCGGGUGCUCAGCAGACAACUCCACCCGCAGAAGUUGGGCUUCUGGCUCCGAGCAUCACCGACGUGGAAAAGGCAUCUGUUCCGAGCAGCAGCAGCUCGGCUACCGACGAAAAGCCUGACCCCGUUGCACCCAUCCCGCCCAAAAAGGGGUUUCAUGGUUGGCGCUGGCUGCGUCACCGCGGCCUAUCGGCUUACCGCAAGCUCUUUGGCAUUAUUUUUGUAGCCAACGCCAUUGCCUUUGUUGUCAUGCUUUGGAAGAGCCGAGAGUCCAACUUUGAGCUGCCCCUCGACAAUCUAGCCACGGUCGUGAGUGCAAACCUGCUGGCAUCUGUCUUGCUUCGCCAGGACUAUGUCGUAAAUGUGGUUUUCUGGCUUGCAACUCGAAUGCCAACAUCCGCACCCCUGGCUAUCCGACGACACCUCGCUCGUGUCUAUCACUACGGCGGGGUCCAUUCCGGAGCAUCUGUUGCCGCUUCGCUUUGGUGGCUGGUGUUUACUGUGGCUGCCACUCGCCGUCUUGCUCCAACAGGGUCUACCCAGCCGUCUCAACGAAUUGCGGUCCUGGUGUUGACUUACUUGAUCUUUGCACUCCUCGUCGCCAUAUUGGCAAUGGCAUGGCCUAGCAUCCGUGCCAAAAUGCAUGAUCAGUUCGAGUGGACGCACCGCUUCGCCGGUUGGACCGCCCUGGCUUUGGUCUGGGCUCAUCUCAUGGUCGUCACCGCGGCGUUGCCCAGCACCCAGCCCUUUAGUGCCUCACUUGCUCGGACGCCUACGUUGUAUCUCCUCAGCUUGACAACACUCUCCAUCGCCGCUCCGUGGAUGCGUCUCCGCCGCGUCAAGGUGGUUGCCGAACCCCUGUCAAGCCAUGCAGUCCGCUUGCACUUUGACUUCAAGACCCCACGAGAAUGUUCAUCUUUGGGUAUCCGCAUCACCGACCGCCCCUUGGUGGAAUGGCACGCUUUUGCGGCUAUCCCUGAGCCGGACAACAAGCCAGGACUCUCCAUUCUUGUCUCCCGUGCUGGUGACUGGACAGGUCGCCUGAUUGACAACCCACCAACAUAUCUUUGGACGAGGGGUGAACCAGCCUCGGGAGUGUUGGCUAUUGCACCUCUUUUCAAGAAGAUUGUUUUGGUGGCCACAGGCUCUGGAAUCGGUCCUUGUCUUCCAGUCAUCAUGGAGUGCAAGGUUCCUUGCCGGAUCCUGUGGAGCACCAAAAACCCACUCAGGACAUAUGGCCAGGGCAUAAUUGAUGAAGUGAAGAGGUGUGAUGAUAGAGCUGUCAUCUGGGAUACGGACAGUAUGGGAAGACCAGACAUGGUUCACUUGGCUUGGGAGCUGUAUCAUGAGAGCGGCGCCGAGUGUGUAUGCAUUGUCAGCAAUGCAAGGACAACUAAGAGGGUCGUGUAUCAGUUGGAGGCGAGAGGAAUCCCUGCCUUUGGACCGAUUUGGGAUUCGUGA